GAGAGAGAGAGAGAGGGUUGGGACUGGUGGUCGGAGCCUUGCAAGGCGACGGCGGGCGACUCGAUGUUGAAUUGGAGCUGGGUGGAAAGCUUCGUCAUGGUGGCGGCGGGCGGCAGCAGCAACGAGCGGUGGCGUCCUUGCGUAGCGCUGGCGGUGACGGCCUUGGCCGGACUCGCAUUGGCCGUCGCCCUGGUUGUCUCCUCUCGUAGUGGUUGUCUUACACUACCAUGGUGUCGGGAGAAGCGAAGACAUCCUCUGACUCGGAAGGAAUGGAACAACUUCUCACGCGACGGAAAGCUUCGCGGUGGAGGGAUAAAGUUCUUGGAGAAAGUUCGCAGUGGAGGAGUCGAUCCAAGCAUCAGAGCUGAAGUCUGGCCUUUCCUUCUCGGAGUCUAUGACAUGAACAGUUCGGGAGCUGAAAGGAAUGCCAUUCGAGAGCAAAGGAGGAAAGAGUACGAGAAACUAAGGAGGCGGUGUCACCAAUCUGUGGAUGAAGACGAUAAGACUAGCUCUACCGACGAGACGGAAUCAUCUGACAGCCAAUCUUCCACUGGAGAACCAACCAUGGCGAAUCCAGCAGCUGAGGACUUCGCGACAUGGCAACGCAUCAUCCGCUUGGACGCCAUACGAUCCGAUGCAGAGUGGAUUCCCUAUUCCCCACGUCAAGCUGCGGUCCCCGAGGCCGAAGCUCUCCGGUUAGCUUCUGCCGUUGGUUUGACGGAUUACGGUGACAUGGAGCCAUGCAGAAUCUACCACGCAGCUCGCCUUGUCGCCGUUCUCGAGGCGUACGCGCUCCACGACCCUGAGAUCGGCUACUGCCAAGGAAUGAGCGAUCUCCUGUCUCCCAUCCUUGCUGUCAUGGAGGUGGACGAUGAGGCGUUUUGGUGCUUCGUGGGGUUCAUGAAGAGGGCUCGGCACAACUUUAGGCUUGAUCAGGCGGGCAUCCAAAGGCAACUGCAAGUCGUGUCCAAACUCAUCAAGUUGCGUGACGCGGACCUGUACCAGCACCUGGAGAAGCUCCAAGCCGAAGACUGCGCGUUCGCGUACAGGAUGGUGCUGGUCGCUCUCCGACGAGAGCUCACCUUCGAGCAGACGCUGUGCCUGUGGGAGGUCAUGUGGGCGGAUCAGGCAGCGGUUCGGGCAGGUUACCGGAGGAGAACGCGGUCGGCGCCGCCCACCGACGACUUGCUGCUGUAUGCCAUUGCAGCCUGUGUGCUGCAGAGGAGGAAGGCGAUCAUGGAGAGGUUCAACAGCGUGGCUGAGAUCCAAAAGGAGUUCAACAACAUCGCGGGGCAGCUGGAUAUCUGGAAGCUUUUGGAUGAUGCACAGGACAUGGUGGCCGCCCUCCAUGACAAGAUCGAAUAAAGCUAGCUUGGUUUCUUAGAGGCAUCGAUGCCAUGUUUGUGAUGCAAUUACAUUUCAUGCGAGUGCAGUCAAAGUUGUUUGAUGAAAUAUCUACUUGAAGCUUGUCUAAGGUGGUAGAACUAAAACCUGGUUUGCAGUGUAUUCUACACAGAUUACAAGUUUAAUGUUGAUAUGGUCAAUUUUGA